AUGAAGGUCUGGGAACAGGCUGUUCAAAGGUAUGCGUCCCUGGCCAGAAAGGAGCUCGCGAAGGGCCGGACUGACUCCGAGGAGCUGGCGAAGCUGCGCAACAGCAUCUGGGUGCAGACACGCGAGCUGGCGUUGUCUGACCCGGGCGCGUGGCUCGCGAGGAACGUCCUCGCGAAGGCGUGGCAGCUGACGAUGCGGGCCUACAUCAGCGAGAUGCGCAAGUCCGUCGACGCCAGGCGGGCGCGCAAGGACGCGGCGGGCGCGCAGCAGGACGUCGCGACUCUGCGCGCGUUCCUUCGGCAAGUCCAGGCGUACCUCAAGGGCCUGGUCUCGACGCUGGAAGCGCGCCACGGCCCGCUGCCCGUGCGGCCGCCCGGCGUGCCGGCGCCGAGCGCUGCGGGCAAACAUGGGUCCGGGGAGGGGGGGGGUGUGCGGAGGGGGGGGUCGCAGAGCGAGAAGGCGGCGUCGCUGCUCGCGGCGUGCAGCCGCGUGCUCAUCUUCAUGGGCGACGUCGAUCGGUACACGCAGGAGACGGAGGCUGACGUCAGCAGCGGACACCCCUCCGGCCCCAUCGACUAUCGCAGGGCGUUCCGCUACUACUUUCUCGCGUCGCAGCUCGACGCCACUUUCGGGCACGCGUGGGCGAACCUCGGCGUGCUGUGCAUCCGGUCGUCGCAGACCGUGCCUGCGCUCCCGAGCGUCGUCGCCGCGGCGUCGCCCAUGCCCCCGCGCUGCGCCCCGGCCGCCGUGCUGCAAGUCAUGGGGGUGUAUUGCUGGACGCGGGGGGUCCACUGCAACGGGGCGCCGAACGCGGUGCAGAACCUCGAGCACCUCAUGACGGCGCUCACGCGCCCGGACCGCGUCGGACAGUCCCCCCCGCCGGGGGAGUCCCCGGAGGUGUUUCGCCAGCUCAUGCUGCCCAGCGUCGAGGUCGGCGCGGCGCCCGGGUCGCUCCCGGAGGUGACGGGGGCGCUGCAGAGCGCGGCGUCGUCGUUCCUGAACGCGAUCGGCGCGGCGUGGUCCGGCGCCGGGGCCUCGCCCGCUGAGGCCGUCGACACCUGCGCCGCCCAGGUCCUGAUCCUCGCGGGCACCUCCGAGAAGCGGCACGCGCAGAUAUUCGCGUGGGCGGACGCCGCGGGGCCCGGGCACGGCGCCCCGGCCGUCGAGGCCGCGGACGCGACCGCGGAGGGCGCCGUCCUGGGCGGCUGCGCGUCGCACGCGGGAUGCCCGCUGUUUUGCAUGGCAGCGGUGUCCGCGUACCUUCUCUCGCGGGCGUUCGCGCUCGCGGGGGACGCCGGCGGCGCGGGGGACGCGGCGCUGGACCGCCGGCGCCUCUGCGCGCUCUCGCGCGCCCUCGCGAUGCACGUGGCGGCGGCGGUGGUCCUCCGGAGCGCCGAGUGCGGGAAGCAGGGCGUCCGUCACGCGCUCGCGCUCCCCUCGGUGGUCGUCGCGCUGAUGGCGCUCCGGCAGCAGGCCGCGGCGCUGCUGUGCGGCGACGGCGCGGGGGUCCCCGCCGCGGAGGAGCCCUACGAGCUGUACCUGGCCGGGGCGCUGUCAGGCGCGCUGGCGAAGCUGCUCCGCACGGUCGCGCAGGCGGUCCGGAAGGAGCCUGCGCUGGAGCACGCGGUCGGCAAGGGCGGGAAGCUGCGUCUCGAGGCGAUCGACGCCGCCGACACCCCGCAGGGCGCGUUGGGGGAGGUGGCGGAGAUGCGGAGCUUCCCGCCGGUGAGCGGCGUGCUGCGGGAGGGCGAGAGCCAGGGAGCGGCGAGCGUGGUGGACGCGGCGUGGGCCGGCGACGAGGCGCCGGGCGGCGCCGGGGGCGGGGAGGCGGAGACGCUGCGCAAGGUGCAGUGGUGGUUGCUGGGGGGCGUGCGGCAGCGGCGGCGGCGGCUGCUGGUGGUCGCGCAGGAGAUCGUGGCGGUCGCGCAGGUGCUGGUGGCGCACGCGGACGGCCUGGCGGGGCGGCCCGAGACGAAGGACCGUUUGCGGCAGGCGGAUGCGCAGGGCCAGUACGAAGGGAUGUGGCGCAACGGGGCCGCGGAGUGCGUGCGGGGCGCGGCGGCGCUGGUGGGCGAGGUGGAGAAGGGCGUGUGGCACGAGUGGGGCCCGGAGGCUGCGCGCGUGACGGCGUUCUGGAAAACGUAUCUGUCGGCGAUUCCGUCGGAAGGGAACAAGAAGGGGGGCGGCGAGGCGGGGCGGAAGGGCGAGAAAGGACCCGCGAAGCCGGAGGGCAAGGCGGCGAAGAAGAAGAGGAAGACAGAGGCGGCAGCGAAGAAGAAGGCGGCCGUUCCUCCCCCGGCCCCGAGCAUGCCGCAGGUGGCAACGCUCGCCGCAGCGCCAGUCCGUGCGCCGUCGCCCGCGGCCCCGGCGGCGACAGGCGACAGCGACGUCGCCAUGGCCGGCGAGGACGACGCGCCGCCGCCGCCCCGGAAACCGCCGGCGGUGGCCGUUGUGGCAGUCCCGCGUGAGCCGCGCACCACACCCCAGCCCGCCGCGACGGCUGCUCCAGCGCCGAGCGGCAGCGCUCCGCAGCAGCCGGGCCGCCCCCCCGCCCCGAUGCCCCCCGCGCCGGGGCCUGCGCUGACUCAGGACCCCCCCAGUGUCGCCGAGGAGGAACAGGCGCGGGUGAUGUCGCAAAUCAACCGCCUGGUGGGACUGGGCGUGAACCCGGCGGACUUGCAGGGGAUUCUUCAGGAGGUCGGGGGCUCGAUCGACCCCGUCGUUCUCCGCGUGGCGCUCGAGCACUACCAGCAGCGCGUGGCCGUUGGGGGGGUGUCUGCGCAGACUCCCCCGGGCUGGCCGCAGCCCGCGGACGCGGCGCCGGCGCACGGCAGCCCCGGGGGGCACGGGUUCGAUGCGUUCUUGCCUGCGUUUUUGUUCGAAGACGGCGAGGGCGGGCUUGGAGGGACGCGCCCCCCCGCGCAGGUGGCGGGCACGAGCGCGCCGGGCAGCGCGAUGGAGCUUUACAGCAGCAUGGCGGACGAGAUCUGGGGCGCGAUGCCGGGCGCGGGGUCGCGGGAGCACGCGGGGCCCGUGAGCGCCGCGGAGGGGGGGGGACUGAGUCAGGACAUGGAGGAGGAGAUCCUGUGGGCGGGGAUGGAGGGGACCGGAGGGGGCGCGUAG